AUGGCUACCAUCGGCGAAUUCAAGCCUACCCACACGGCUCCGGGCAACCAGCUAAUCGAAGAUGUUGACUCCAUCAACGAGAAGUUUGAGGAACCCUCCAACAAGAACCUUGGAACUACUCUCAAGGAUUCAGGAGACUAUGAUCCCAAGCUCCAGCGUUCCCUCCUGCUCAAGCUUGAUCUCAUUGAUCGCUCUGAUAUCGGAAAUGCCAAAGUAGCUGGCAUGACAGAGAAGCUCAGUAUCUCUUCUGAGCAGUAUGCCAAUAUCACUAGCUGGUUUCAGAUUGGAUAUAUUGUUUUUCAGCCUGUGGGAACUCUUUUCAUUCGAAAGUUGAGACCUCCAUUCCAAUUUAGUGCUGCCAUGUUGGUGUGGGGUAUCAUCACUGUCUGCAUCGCAUAUGCGAAGAACUAUUCGCAAGUUUCUGGAUUGAGAUUUUUGGUAGGGUGCUCAGAAGCCAUGAUCCAAGGUGCUUUCUUCUACCUCUCGUUCUGGUACACCUACGAUGAGAUGUCGCUGCGAACUGGUAUCUUCUACAGUGUAUCUGCACUUGCUAGCUCCUUCAAUGGCUUGAUUGCCUAUGGUAUCGAGAAGGGUCUGUCCUAUUCUGGAGGUCACUAUGCCUGGCAAUGGAUCUUCAUAAUUGAAGGAAUUCUUCCUGUCGGCUUCAGCUUUUUCGUUGCUUUCAUGCUUCCUGAUAUCCCUACCCGUCCCACAUUCUUCUCCAAGAGACUGUUCAAGAAGGAAGAACUUGAAUAUGCCAUCAAGCGAGGCCGCGCGACUCAUAACGCUGACGACGCAAAGAUUCGCGUCAAGCAAAUAUUCAUCACUCUCCUCAGACCCCACUUUUGGCUGUUGACGAUAUGCUACAGCGUGACUCACUUCUCCACCAGCUCGGUCCAGAAUUUCCUCCCGUCUUUGAUCAAGACUCUUGGAUACACUUCUGCGCGUGCUCAGCUUUUCAGCUGUAUUUGCUACGCCUGCGCCUUUGUGACUCUCAUCAUCGUCGGAUACCUCGCAGAUAGACUUCAGCAACGCGCCAGCCUUCUGAUGAUCUGUUAUGUGGUGACUCUAGUCGGCUACAUCCUACUACUCGCAGUCAACAACGACAAGGUGAAGUUUGCAGGCGCGUGCCUUGUCACGGCCGGAAUCUACCCGACCGUCAUCCUCGUAAUCAUCUGGACCCAGGUCGUCCUCAUUGGCUUCACGCGUCGUGCAACAGCUCUUGCGCUGAUCAACAGUAUCGCGCAGGCGAUCGGAAUAGGCGGCAACCAGGCCUUCCGAAACGAGGAUAACGACUACAGAACCGGCAAGGCUGCCUGCGUCGGCAUUCUCUGCCUUGGUGUUCUCGCUACCGCUUUGAACGUCAUGUACCUAAAAUGGCGCAACAGGCAGAAAGAUGCGCAGUGCGAUAGUGAUGCCGCUAACGAGGCCCGUUUGCAGAGCUGGGAUGAUUUGGGCGAUGAUCAUCCUGAUUUCAGAUACGCAUUUUGA